AUGGACAUCUCCUGCUCUGAUCUGGAGGGGAUCAUGUCUAAGGCCCCCGACUGCCUGCUGCGGAUGCUCAGGGGCACCCCCAGGCAGCGGGUCUGCGCCCUCCUUCUGAUCAGCUUCAAGUUCACAUUCUUAAUCUCCGUCAUGAUCUACUGGCACACUGUGAGUGCCCCCAAGGACCCAGGAAGGCAGUAUAGCCUGCCAGUGGACAUCCCCUGCUCCCAGCCGGCCUUCCCUAACCCCCCUGCGCCAGGCAACAUCUUCUUUCUAGAGACAUCAGACAAGACCAAUCCCAGCUUUCUGUUCAUGUGUUCUGUGGAGUCAGCCGCCAGGGCACACCCAGAGUCCCAGGUGGUGGUGCUUAUGAAAGGGCUGCCUAGAAACAGCACAGCUCUACCCCGGAACCUUGGCGUCUCUCUUCUGAGAUGCUUCCCCAAUGUCCUGAUACAACCUCUGGACCUACAAGAGCUGUUUCAGGGCACGCCAUUGGCAGCCUGGUACUUGAAGACACGGCGCAGCUGGGAGCCCUACCUGUUGCCAGUCCUGUCUGAUGCCUCCAGGAUUGCGCUCCUCUGGAAGUUUGGUGGCAUCUACCUGGACACCGACUUCAUUGUCCUCAGGAACCUGAGGAAACUGACCAACACGAUGGGCUUCCAGUCCCAAUACAUCCUCAAUGGCGCCUUCCUGGCCUUCGAGCGCAAACAUGAGUUCUUGGCACUGUGCAUACAAGACUUUGUGGCCAACUACAAUGGUUGGAUUUGGGGCCACCAGGGCCCGCAACUGCUUACCCGCAUCUUCAAGAAGUGGUGUUCCAUCCACAGCCUGAAAGAGAGCCACUCUUGCCGAGGAGUCACUGCCCUCCCCUCUGAGGCCUUCUAUCCCAUCCCCUGGCAGAACUGGAGGAAAUACUUUGAAGAUAUCAGCUCCGAGGAGCUGGCCCGGCUGACCAACGCCACCUACGCUUUUCACGUGUGGAACAAGAAAAGUCAGGGAACACACCUAGAGGCCACAUCCAGGGCCCUGCUGGCCCAGCUACAUGCCCGCUACUGCCCCACGACACAUGAAGCCAUGAAGAUGUACUUGUGAGGACCCUCCAGGCUCUCAUUACAUCAGCAUUAUCACUGCCUUUCCCCGGGAGGCAAGAUGACCAUGGAAAACAGAUGGCUGGAGCUAGGAGCAGAGCUCUGAGGAGUCUGGAUAGAAAUGCUGAGGGAGAGGGGUCCGGCUCUCCCAGCCUCAUGAGCCCAAAGGGAAGGGCAGAGGCCCUGGGACACUGCUCUGAAGAUCUGCCACAGCCCAUUCUGGUGUUUGGUGGAUGUGCAAAUUCUUCUGGCUCCAGAAAAGGGUUUUAAAUCCCCUCCUUGUUGUAGAUU